CUCCGCACUUUCUCACUCCACAUAUAUUUUUCUCCCCGGCAAAAACUCAUUUACUUUCCGCGCGAAGACCAAAUCUCUCCCUAACCCUAAAAGAAACCGACAUAGAGGAGAAGGAUGCUGAAAGGCGAAAGCUUGGGAGCUAAAGGUCCCUCUUUUUCUUGCGAUACCGAAGACGCUGCGCAGGAAAGUAGGGUUUUUUAUCCGGCCGGAAGUUCUUAGAGGGAUUUGGCGGGAAAUUUCCAAUGGAGCGGAUGGAAGCGGAUCUGCUGUGGAAUAAGAACUCCCUUUCCGACGAGGAGGUUGGUUCGGCGGCUGAGGAGAACAUGAUUUUUGGCAUCAAUUUUAAUGAAACCGAUACUGUUGGGAAUGAAUCUGCACAUUAUGAGAAGUUCCUGCUUGAUGAUUUUGACAAUUAUGUGGAUGAGAUUAACGAUCGCCUCACGGUUUCGAGAUUGGUAACCGACUCAGUCAUUAAGGGGAUUGUGAAUGCUGUAAUUGAGGAAAGUACUGAGAAAAUUGCUUUAAAGGAAGCUGAGAUAGCUUGCUUGAAGGCAAAGUUGCAUGCUUCUAAUUAUGUCAAUAGUUUGGCGCCAUCAGUGGCGGCAUCAGUAAAUUUGAACUUGAGUUUUGAUAGUAUAACGACCAAUCAUUUGAGCAGAAUAAAGAUGUCUGUUGAAAAUCAGUUUCAGAGGCUUAAGGAGGAGUUUGACUAUGUGAGAAAUUCAAAAUUUUCUUGUUCAACAAAUGUUUGUUCUACAAAUAAAGUGGUGUUCAAGGUUCCUACUCAAGGAAGAACAGAUGAGAAAUUGCAUGUUCUCAGUAAAAAAAUAGAAUUUUUUAGAGUAAUGUUAUUUGGUUAUUUUGAUGAAAUCAAUAAUUUGUUUAGCUCUAUGAAACUUUCAGCAAUGGAACAGCAAUGGGAGAAUGAGUUGCAUGAAGAAAUUAAUGCUAUUCUUGUUCAGAAUUAUGUUAGAGAUAUUCAGGAAAAGUGUGAAACUAAGAUUUUGGAGCAGCGAAAACAGAUGAAUGCGCUGAGCACGAAGGUUGGUGAACUCUCCUUGGUGCGUGAAGAUCUCAAUGCUAUUUCUAAGUCGUUAUUGAACUCGGAUCAAAGUCUUCUCUUAUCACACAGCAGCAGCGAAAGUUUAGAAGAGCUAAAUAAUACGAGGUGGAAGGAUCAGUUCCAUGUUAAGGCUUUGGGAAAUAAUCACUCAUCUUCUGCAUCACAUAAAGGGGAAAAUGGUGCUAAUAUGAUGCAGGAAGCUCAGCAUUUUGGGAAACCGAUGUUGGAAUCUAUGGAUUUUCACCUAAAGCACUUGUCGAAGGAAGAUCUCGCAGAUUAUUAUAAAAUUGAAAUGACAAAAAUGCGGAGGCAACACGACAAAGCGAUGGAAGAGAAAACUGAUGAGUUGUUCAGGCUGAAAAGGGAAUUUCUCAAGGAAAAGGGCUCUUUGUUUUCGAAGAAAGAUAAGGAGAUUGAAAAUUUGAAGAAACAUAUCCGCCGAAUUAUCGUAAAUCUAGAUGAUAUCCUAGCGGAGGAGUUAGAUUUUGUUGUUUGUGAUGAUUCAAACGAGGUUUGUACUUUGAAGAAUAAAAUUUCUUCCAUGUUUAUCGAAAAUCAAAGGCUACGAGGUUUACUUAUAGGAAAAAGGAAGGAGGCGGAGUAUCUAUCCUCACAGGUCACAGAUUUUGGGUUCCAAAUAUUACAAAAUGCAUCAGUAAACCAAAACUUAUUGGAACAGAUAGCAAAUCUGAAGGGGAAGCUUGAAGAUUUGAAUACAGAAGUUGCUGUUAAAGAAGAAAUAGAUGCUAUAGUAUUGAAUGAGGUUAUUAGUAAGCUUAAUCUUCAAAUGGAGGAUGCUGUAAUGGAGAAUAGUUUCAUUCAUGAUUUUUACUCAGUUUUUAUUAAAGAAUCUGUGAGAAAUGAAAUGUUUAUGAUAAAUGAUAUUACACUAAAACGACAGGCAGAGAAGGCUUCCCUUGAUUCAGUAAUUUCACAGAAGGAAACGGCAUUACACUCAGAACUUGAAGAGAACGACAAAUUGAAGCAGGAAAUAAUUUCCUUAUCUGCAUUAAUUAGUGAGAAUGAAAAAGUUGUGCUCGAAGGUGAGACCUCCAUAACACAACGAAGGGAGGAAUUUGACACGGUUUACCGAGAGCUCGAUGAACUCAGAGAUCGAAUAAGCAUGCAAAUGCUCAUCAUUUCUGAGAACAAGAUUCAUUCGGAUUUCAUGAGGAGUCAGUUUGAUGAUGCUCUACAACAACUUACUGUUUAUGAAAUGGAGGUUGAUAAUUUGAAUCAGAAGUUAGCUAUUGCUUCCAGUUCUUUGGAGGAAUCAGAAAGGCAGAAGAUUGUUCUCAAUGGAAUCAUUGAAGAAAGGGAAAAUAAAUCACAAUAUUCAAUUUUGGAUGGAACUAAGGAAGAAGUAGAGCAGGUAGAAGUGAUGCUGAGCUUAUGGAAGAAAUUAUCAGAAGAUUCCUUAGACUUUGAAAGCAAGUUGGCAGAGACUAUUAAAAUAAAUGAAUCUAGGUUUGCUUAUUACAUUCUUCGAGCACUUAUCUAUCAUAGCUCUUUUAUGCAUUAUUUUACCCUGCGUACGAUUUUCUGUUAUUGGGACAGGUUUUUGUAUCCAUUUGCAAUAUAUUAA